AGUAGGAAAAGGCGUUUCCAUCCACGAUCCGGCAAGACUGUGUAGUUUAUGCUACUUACAACCUGACGGACGGAUCAAACUUGCCUGGACCAAAAAAAACAACGCAUUUAUCCACACUAGCUAAUAUAAUUUCAACAUAAGAAUUGCUUUUGUAAUCGCUUUUAUACAUUUAGGCUAUACAAUAAAAUCCAUUACAAGACAGCGGUCUUACAGCUAACAACAUCCUAAACCAACUACAUUCUGGAUAGCGGAGCUGACUGAGGAAGAGUACUUUGCAGCAAGAUUGUACGCGUGUAAAUCAAAUAUAAAUCACAUUUGAAUAAAGUUGUGUGAUAGAAGUGAACACUUUCUCUUACGCACAGACACAGAUCAUCUCUCUCGCUUCGCUGACUCAUAGCCUACACAGAACCCAGGACCAUGUCGGAGUACAGCUCUUUGCUCAGCGACCUGUCUGAAAACAUCACCAAUGAGGACUUGGACCAGCUGAAGUCUGCCUGCAAGGAGGACAUCACAGAGGACCAGAGCAACACCAUCACCUCCUCCAAGGAGUGGUUCAACUACCUGGAGGAGAACCAAAAGCUGGCACAGGAUAACCUGUCGUACAUUGAGCACAUCUUUGAGAUCUCACGGCGACCAGACCUGCUGACCCGUGUCAUCGAGUACCGCACCACUGUUCUAAAGAUCUCUGAGGACGAUGAGAUCGACACCAAGCUCACACGCAUCCCCUCCGCCAAGAAAUACAAAGAUAUCAUUCGCCAACCCUCUGAAGAUGAGAUCAUCAAGCUGGCUCCUCCCCCUAAAAAAGUGUGAGGUCUACACCUCUGACCUUUGCACUUUGACCCCUGGCACUCCAACCAUCUCGACCCCCUCCCGCCUCCCCCCAGUU